AUGUGCCUUCAGGUGCCGAAACUGGUAACCAGAUUUAACGGUGAUAUCGACGAUGCCCAGUCCAAGGCAGAGAAAGUGUCUUCUUUCACAACAACGAACAAAGUCACACGAAUUUGGAACGACAAAUCCCCAAAACAGUCGGAUAUAAGGAUUGGACACACUAAAUCAGGCAAUAUUGACGAUUUCCGUUUUCCUAACGAUAACGACAAGGUAGCGAAGGAUCUAGAGAAGGAAAUUCUAGUUCUGUGUUGGGUGAUGACGAGUCCCCAGAACUUAAAUGUCAAGGCCAUCCACGUGAGGAACACGUGGGCCAGGCGCUGUAAUAUUGUAGUAUUCAUAGGUUCUGAGACAGACACAAACUUCCCAACCGUAGGACCUAAUGUUUCAGAAGGGAGAGAGCAUCUCACGGCUAAAACAAUGAAAGCAUUUAAAUACAUUUACAAAAAUCAUUUCAACGACGCUGAUUGGUUUAUGAAAGCUGAUGACGACACAUUUGUUAUAUUAUAAAAUCUGCGUUAUUUCCUACAGACACAGUCACGUGACGACCCUGUAUAUUUCGGACACCACUUUAAGACAAUGGUUAAACAAGGUUACUACAGUGGAGGUGCGGGGUAUGUCCUAAGUAAAGAAGCGCUCAGGCGACUCAAUGAAAAGGGCAGGGACCCAAAAGUGUGUCGCCAAGAUGGCGGGUAUGAGGACGUCGAGAUUGGAAAAUGCAUGGAGAAUUUGGGAGUUAAGACUGUAAAUGGCUCAGAUUCUCUCGGCCGGACAAGGUUUCAUGUUUUUGAUCCAGAAAAGCAUUUAUUUGGGAGAUACCAAGACUGGUACUAUUCAUGUGACUCUAAUGGUGCUAAAAAGGGGGUGGAGAGUAUCAGUGACUAUGCUAUAUCUUUCCACUACGUCCCGCCGGAGAAGAUGUACGUUUUGGAGUUCUAUGUAUACCAUUUACGUCCGUACGGGAUUGAAUGCGGACACUAGCGUAUCAAUAUAC